UCCCGAGGUCACCAAGAGAGAGGAGGAGGAUGAUUCCCCGGGGACUUCGUCCGCGCGACGCCAUGCUGACGACUCCUCAAUUUCCAGCACUCUUCAUCUUCACCGUGUUCCUGUCCCUGGGGAUCUGCUACGUCUACUACAAGUCUCCGACUCUCCAAUGCGGGAACGGAAUCUGCUCCCUGCUGCCUUCCAUGGUGGCGCAUCGCUGGCGGGGCUGUAUGUUGAGCCCCAACUUUUCCAGGAGAGCGAUGUCCAACAUGCCACGUGACGUCUUCCAGCACCACCAGCAGGAGAGGAGGCGAGGCGAAGCGACGGCGGUCGAUGGUGAGCAGCCGAGCGCUGGACCGAAGAUGAAAGUCAAACUGAGCCCUCAGUGCCAGCAAACCUUGAUGAGCAUCGCCAAUGACCCUCCGCCACAGACGUUCAACGAGCAGUCGGUGGUGGAGAAGAUUCUGAAGGUUCGCGAUUGUCCCUGGCUCGAGAACCGCACCGAGAUCGAAGCCUUCCGGUCGACUCACGCGAAUGCAACGGGAGGAGCGAGCCAGGUGGUGAUCACGCAAAGAAACUCGCCCAUCAACACGAGCAUCGUCUUCAACCAGAGGAGAAAGACGCUCGUGGUGGACGCAAAAGUCACGAAUCUCUUCCUCAAGGAGUUCCCCGAGCGGAGUGGGCGCUACCCUCGCUGUGCCAUCGUGGGGAACGGAGGGAUCCUCGCCAACAGCUCCUGUGGCUCCCAGAUCGACGCAGCCGACUUUGUGAUCCGAUGCAACAUCCCUCCCGUGGGGGGCGACUUCCAGGACGACGUGGGAAGCAAAACGGACAUCGUCACCUCCAACCCGAGCAUCUUCAUCAAUCGAUUCGAGUCCCUGAUCGGGAGAAGGAAGAAGUUCAUCAGGAAGAUGUCUUCGUACGGCGCCAGCAUCCUGCUCAUCCCCGCCUUCACCGUGUCUGCAUUCACGUCGCUUGCGUACAGGGCCAUAUUUACCCUGGAAGACUUUGAGUCCCAGCAGCGCGUGGCCUUCUUUAACCCCUCGUACAUGAGGGCCAUCUCUCGCUUCUGGAAGAAACGUGGCGUCCAGGAGUCGCACAUCACCUCGGGCCUCAUGAUGACAAGCGUGGCCAUGGAUCUGUGCAACGAGGUGCACGUCUAUGGCUUCUGGCCGUUCGUGUACGACCUGCCCACCCCGGUGCAGGUGAAGGAGGACGAGAGAAGGAGGAUCCCAAAGAGGAGCAGGAAGAGGAAGAAGCGGGCGCAGGCUGCCGUGCCCCUCACGGCCGCCCCUGUUGACCGACCGCUGGGCCGCCGGCUGCCCCACCACUACUAUGACGACCAGCAGCCCAAGUCAGGGCACUACAUGCCCAGCGAGUUCGCGGAGCUGCUGAGGCUGCACAGCCGCGGGGUGCUCCGCCUGCACGUGAACGCGUGCGGGGGGCAGUGAUAGCGCGGCGGUGGUGGCGGCAGCGCCUGGGGGGAGGGGGGGGCUGGUUGUUACCCACGUUCCCACCAGAACCCACGUUCCCAGCAGAACUUACGAACCCCCCAAGAACCCACGUUCCCCCUCCAGAACCCACAUUGCCACUAGAAACCUACGUUCCCCCACCAGAACCCACGAUCCCCCCAAGAACCCACGUUGCCACUAGAACUGAUGUUCCCACCAGAACCCACGUUGCCCCAACAGAACUCACGUUCCCCCCAAGAACCCACGUUCUCACCAGAACCCAGGUUCCCACCAGAACCCAGGUUCCCCCCCGGUACACACGUUCCUCCUCCAGAACCCACGUUGCCCCUCCGGAACCCACGUUCUCCCUCCGGAACCCACGUUCCCCCUCCAGAACCCACGUUCCUCCUCCAGAACCCACGUUCCUCCUCCAGAACCCACGUUCCCACCAGAACCCACCUUCCCCCAUCAAAACCCACAUUCCUCCUCCAGAACCCACGUCUCCCCUCCAGAAACCACGUUCCCCCUCCAGAACCCACAUUCCCACCAGAACCCACAUUCCCCCCGUUACCCAUGUUCCCCCUUUGGAACCCGCGUUCCUGACGGGGGGGGGGGGGG